AAAAAGAUGAAGAGGCUCGAUCGGCAGUGCGUUUGUUCGUGUUACGAUCUGCGGUUGGACUUUUUCCCGCAAAACCUUCAAAAUUCACAGCUUAUUCCACAAGUUCGUCAUCUUCUUUAGUUUGUCUUGAAAACCAAACGAAUCCAUCAUGUGCGAUCAUUGCGCAAAAGUUACGAGCCAGAAGGGAUACGCAGGACAAGUGACAUGCAAAUGCGACCACGGUGAGAAGAAGAACGGCGAGGCCAAGGAGAAGGAUUUCGGUGGAUGUUGUUCGAAGAAAGAGAAAAAGACAAUCGGCGGAUGUUGCGGAGCUAAAUGCUGCGCGGGACCGCAGGAGGAAGGAGGGUGUUGUACAUCGCCACCACCGAAGGAGAAAUUAUGCUGUGGCCAAGAAAACUAACCGAGUUUUCUUCCUAAGGAAGCCUUUAAGAAAGAGCUGGCUUCAGAGGGGGAGAGCCAACCGGUAAACAUUAUAAGCGUUAAGCGACGGGCUCGGCGGCCAUAUAGGUACACGGUAAUAGUUCCAAAGGGAAUCAUUGAAUUUACGCGACGAACCAUCGUAAAUUUUUUCCACCCGGAUACACGAAUCGACAGAAAGUACUUCACGUAACAAACUAUAAAUAUACUUUCGCAAUUCGAAAAUGUCGUGUAAGCGAAACCG